CCGAGGAGUUUUGAUUCCGGGGUCAAAGCGUGCUGGUGACCCACGUUGCGGACGAGCGGAGUGAGCGGAGCGCGGUGGCGCUGGCCCGGGCAGCGGAGCGCUUGCUAACAGAGCCCAGGGAAGACACGAGGAGGGCGGAGGUGGUGGCGUCCCUCCGGGCUCGGCGAUCGGCGGGAGUCGUGUGGAGGGUGCCGAGAAGAAGGGUCCCUAGCGGGGGCCUAGAGCCGAGGGACUGCGAAAACGAUGCGGAUGGCAGCAGUGAGAGCGGCGAGGAGAAUCUGUGGAGGGGCAGUGGAGGGGAGGAGAUGACGGAGAAACCGUGCCCGUGAGGGACAGUGUAGAGGGGCACGGAGGUGAGGUGGUGGGGGAGAGACGCUGUUCCUGACGCGGCGGUGAGGGAGCCGAGAUAGACGACACCGACGUCCUAGGGCAGAAGUGUGAAGAGGGGGCAGGGGGAUGUGUACGGGGCCGCGAGAAGCCAUCUAGAGCGCGCGAGCCCUGCAGCGUGCUGGGGGCGGGGCUGGGUCCCCCAGGGUCUGGCGUGGUGAAGGUACCCACACCAGGUGCCCAGGGCUUUUCAAGUCGUGACUCCCCGCUGCAUUAGCAAUGUGGGUCCUCCUCCGGGGUGCGUACCCGCUCCGCAUCCUGCUGCCCCUGCGAGGGGAGUGGAUGGCCCGGAGGGGCCUCCCGCGAAGCCUGGUUCCAGGCCCUCCUCGCAGACGGUACCGGAAGGAGGCUCUGCCAGCCUUAGAGGCGCCGGUGUUGCCAGUAACAACGACCGAAAUCCGCCAGUAUUUGCGGACUCAUGGGAUCCCCUUCCAGGAUGGCCACAGCUGCCUGCGGGCACCAAGCCCCUUUGUGGGGUCCUUGCCACCCAAGGACCAGGCGGGUUCCACGGCUUCCUUCAGCCUCUUCAUUGACAAGACCACAGGCCACUUUCUGUGCAUGAGCAGCCUGGCAGAGGGGAGUUGGGAAGACUUCCAGGCCAGCGUGGAGGGGCGAGGGGAUGGGGCCAGAGAGGGGACCCUGCUUGCUGAGGCCCCAGGAGCCGAGGACAGCGAGGAGGUGCGGAGGAUCUGGGACCGAGCCGUCCCUCUCGGGGAGCUGCCUGACCCAGAGGAGGCCCAGCUGGCUCGGGUCAUGUUCGGCCUUAACAAGGUGACGGAGGACACACUCAGGCAUUUCAGUGUGCGGUAUCUGCGGCCCGCCCGCAGCCUUGUCUUCCCUUGGUUCUCCCCUGGGGGCUUGGGAUUACGAGGCCUGAAGCUACUAGGGGCCGAAGACCAGGGGGACGGAGUGCGCUACGUGGAGACCACCAUUCCCCGGCCUGGUGCCUACCACAACCUGUUUGGAUUGCCCCUGAUCACUCGUCGGGAUGUCGAGGUGGUCCUGACAAGCCGAGAGCUGGACAGUCUGGCCUUGAACCAGGCCACGGGGCUGCCCACCCUUACCCUGCCCCGAGGAACAGCCUGCUUACCCCCUGCCCUGCUCCCUUACCUUGAACAGUUCCGGCGUGUGGUAUUCUGGCUGGGGGACGACCUCCGGUCCUGGGAAGCUGCCAAGUUGUUUGCCCGAAAACUUAACCCCAAGCGAUGCUCCUUGGUGCGACCUGGGGACCAGCAGCCCCGUCCCCUGGAUGCCCUGAACCAGGGCUUAAAUCUUUCUCGAAUUCUUCGUACUGCCCUGCCUGCCUGGCACAAGUCGAUCGUGUCCUUCCGGCAGCUUCGGGAGGAGGUGCUAGGAGAACUGUCCAACGUGGAGCAGGUGGCUGGCGUGCGCUGGAGCCGCUUUCCAGACCUCAAUCGGCUCCUGAAGGGGCAUCGGAAGGGCGAGCUGACGGUCUUCACAGGGCCGACAGGCAGCGGAAAGACAACCUUCAUCAGCGAAUAUGCCCUGGAUUUGUGUAUGCAGGGGGUGAACACGCUGUGGGGCAGCUUUGAGAUCAGCAACGUGAGGCUCGCCCGGGUCAUGCUCACGCAGUUCGCUGUGGGGCGGCUGGAAGAGCAGCUGGACAAAUACGACGAGUGGGCCGACCGCUUUGAGGACCUGCCCCUCUACUUCAUGACCUUCCAUGGGCAGCAGAGCAUCAGGACUGUGAUCGACACAAUGCAACAUGCAGUCUAUGUCUACGACGUUUGUCACGUGGUCAUCGACAACCUGCAAUUCAUGAUGGGUCAUGAGCAGCUGUCCACAGACAGGAUCGCAGCUCAGGACUACAUCGUCGGGGCCUUUCGGAAGUUCGCCACGGACAACAGCUGCCACGUGACGCUGGUCAUUCAUCCCCGGAAGGAGGACGAUGACAAGGAACUGCAGACGGCAUCCAUUUUUGGCUCAGCCAAAGCAAGCCAGGAAGCAGACAACGUUCUGAUCCUGCAGGACCGGAAGCUGGUCACUGGGCCAGGGAAGCGGUACCUACAGGUGUCCAAGAACCGCUUUGACGGAGACGUGGGUGUCUUCCCGCUUGAGUUCAACAAGAAUUCCCUCACUUUCGCCAUUCCACCAAAGAGCAAGGCCCGGCUCAAGAAGAUCAAGGAUGACAAUGAACUAGUGGCCAAAAAGCCCUCCUCUGGCAAAAGGGGGGCUGUGGCCCAGAGCUCUGAGGCUUGUCCCAGUCAGGCCCCCAGCCCCUCCCAGCCAGACCCCGCCAAGCCUUCCAGGUGAAGGUCGUGAGAGCUGCUCACUGAAAGGAGCCUGGCCCUGGCUGGGGCGUGGGCUCAUAGCCUGCUGCUAGGGCUCUGCCCGGGGACCCUGGGCUGUGGGCCCUUCUCGGGCAGGGUUCCACGACGAGAAAAUUCAGUUGAGCGGGUAUUUGAGAGCUUUCUGUGUGCCAGGCUUAGUUUGAGGUCUUGUACCUGCGUCACUAAAAAGACAGGGCUCUGCUUGUGGUGGGGGAGACAAGACGCGUGGUGAAUGAACAGAAAACACAGUUUCUGACCAUGAAAACGCCGUGAAGAAAAUGGUAGCGUGGUAGCGCGCCUGCGGCCUAGUUUCGAUUAAGUGAUCUGAGCAGGGGGCCUCUGGCCUGGAGGUGCAGAACUAGAAAGAGCGAGUCACGUGCACAUGUGGAGAAAGGGAUCGAGAUGGAGAAAGUACAGGGCCGGCAGGUGGGAAUGACCAAGUCAAGUUCAAGGCAGUGAGGUCGGGCCUCUUGACCCUAGAUGGGAAUGGAGGGGCUUCUUGUCCAACUCCAGCCCAGGCUUUCAAAGCCAAAGGGUGACAUGGUAGGUGCCGAGCCCCUCCGCUCCUCUGUGGAGCCUGACAUGAGGGGGCACAUGGUGGAAUUUGGUUCCUAGGUGCUUAGCCCUGGACUAUAUCGGGGCCUGAGAUGGGAGUUACCUCCCGAGAGAUUUCUUGGUCACAGAACCAUGGGAGGGCCAGUCCCUGGACAUUGGUUCCAUUGGAUGCUGCCCCUUGCAGCUAGAGUUAGAACUUUUUGUAGCAUUGUUACCAGUUUUACUAAAAAAAAAAAAAAAAAACCAAAAAAAAAACUUUUUCUCAUUGCCUCUGUUUCUGUGCUUUUCCUUACUUGUCCACCAGGUGUCUCCCUAGUCUGUAACGACUUUCCUCUGAGUUGGUGUGGAUGGGCGCCCGCCCCCCAGGGGCAGCCUUGGAGCUGUGGGCACCGGUGUUAAAGUGCUUUCACGCCUGCUCCCCUUACACCUCUUCUUGGCCUGUGCAGCGCAGAGUGGUGUAUGUUUAUCACUAACUUCCCUGAGGAUCUCCAUGUUCCUGGGCCCAAGCUCUGUCUGAGCAGCCAGCCCUCUGUGACGGGAGCCCCUCGCACUCUCCUGGGGGAGUCAGAAUUGGUGUUUUAGAUCUACCCCCAAUCUGAGUCUCUCCCCAUGUUUCUCUAAUAUUAAUACAGGGUACUUUACACAAUUUGCAGAAAAAUGGAGUUAAAAGGUAAGUUUAUUUAGGUGCAAAAUAAUGAAAUCCAUGCAUAAUUGUUUCCUAAUAUGUGUUUUC